AUGGCAGCUGUAGUUCAAGCUCAAAUUCGUAAAGUCGAAGAAAAACUUAAACCAUACUUAUACGAAGGUCCUCUUACUUCAUAUUGGGGUCUUAUUGAAAAGAAAACAAAAGUUAAACGUGAACAGAUUGCUUUCGGUUUAUUUGGUUUUCUUACUAUUUAUUUAACAUUUGGCUGGGCUAACGACUUCAUUUGUAAUUUUCUGGGAUUUAUCUAUCCAGCUUAUGCUUCAAUAUUGGCUGUUGAAUCAAAAGUGACACCUGAUAAUACAGAAUGGUUAAUCUAUUGGGUUGUUUAUGCUUUAUUUGGUUUUAUUGAAUAUAUUGGACAUAAUUUCUUUCAUACAUUACCUUUCUAUUGGCUUGGUAAAUGUCUUUUUCUUAUAUGGUUAAUGGUACCCGGAGCUAAAGGCGGUUCUCAAAUUUUAUAUCUUCGACUUAUUCAUCCUUUUGUACUCAAGCAUCGUCCCACGAGUGAUCAACGUAUGUAA